AUGGGUAGUAGACGUGUCAAGAACAAGCAAGGUGCACCACCUAGUCUGGACGAGUUCCAAGCCAAGAAGGAGAAAAAACACUCGAAAAAGAAGGAAAAGAGAUCCCAUUCAGAGGAUCAUGCAUCAAAAUCUAAGAAACCAAAGAGAUCAAAGAAACAGGAUGAGGAGGCGGAUGAAAAGCGUGAAUUGGAAGCCUUGAAGGAAAAGGAACAGGCUCUACCGGAAGUGGACCUGAAAGAAUUGUCACAGGCGAAGAAAUCGUUAUUUGAUGACGAAGAAGAAGAAGCAGAAGAUGAAGAUGAAGAGUUGAAAGAUGAGUUUGAUUUGGAACAGGAAUACGACUAUGACGACGAAGAAGCUGAGGCUCAUCCAGCGUUCUCUGAUGACGAUGAUGAGGUCGACUUGGAGGAGCUGAAUGCCGCAAAUAUGGAGGAAAUGUCUAAGAAAUUGGAUGAAGAAAACGCUUUAGAAGCCGAGGAAGCCGAGAAAGAAUUAGUUGAGGCUGAAUACACACAACCAAGAGCCGAUGUCCUCCCCACAGAGGAGGAAGAGGAGAUGAUGGCACAAAACCCUCCAGACUUAACUUCCAUUAGAACAAGAAUGAUCGAAAUCGUCAAAGUGCUUGAAGAUUUCAAGAAUCUGGGAGCUGAGAACAGGUCAAGAGCUGAUUAUACCGAUAGAUUGCUAAAAGAUAUCAGCGAGUAUUUUGGUUAUGUGCCAUUUUUGGCUGAGAAACUUUUCAAUCUUUUCUCUCCAGCUGAAGCUAUGGAAUUCUUUGAAGCUAACGAGAUUGCUAGACCAAUUACUAUUAGAACCAAUACUUUGAAGACAAGAAGAAGAGAUUUGGCCCAAGCUCUGGUGAAUAGAGGUGUCAAUUUGCAACCUAUUGGUUCAUGGACUAAAGUAGGUUUGCAGAUCUUCGAUUCUCAGGUUCCAAUUGGUGCCACUCCUGAAUACUUGGCUGGUAACUAUAUCUUGCAAGCAGCUUCUUCAUUCUUGCCAGUUAUCGCCUUGGAUCCUCAUGAAAAUGAAAGAAUUCUCGAUAUGGCAGCUGCACCAGGUGGUAAGACAACUUACAUAUCGGCCCUUAUGAAAAACACAGGUUGUGUUUUUGCCAACGAUGCCAACAAAGCAAGAACUAAAUCUUUGAUCGCCAAUAUUCACCGUCUAGGUUGUACCAAUACCAUUGUCUGUAAUUACGAUGCCCGUGAAUUUCCAAAAGUUAUAGGUGGCUUCGAUAGAAUCUUGUUGGACGCCCCAUGUACCGGUACCGGUGUCAUCGGUAAGGAUCAGUCGGUUAAGGUCUCUCGUACUGAGAAAGAUUUUAUUCAGGUCCCUCACUUACAAAAACAACUUCUACUAUCGGCCAUCGAUUCCGUAGACUCAAAUUCCAAAACAGGUGGUAUUAUCGUUUACUCCACAUGUUCGGUCGCAGUUGAAGAAGAUGAAAUGGUCGUUGACUACGCACUAAGGAAGAGGCCUAACGUUAAACUUGUUGAAGCAGGUUUGGCUAUUGGUAAGGAAGGUUUCACAAGUUACAGAGGAAAGAAAUUCCAUCCAAGCUUGAAGCUAACCAGAAGAUACUAUCCACAUACCUAUAACGUUGACGGUUUCUUUGUCGCCAAAUUCCAAAAAAUUGGUCCAUCACCACACGACGACAACCAAGCCACACCAAGAGAGAAAGAGCUCGCCGCUAGACAAGAAGCUGCGGAAGAAGGUAUCAUUCACUCGGAUUUCGCUAACUUCGAUAACGAAGAAGAUGAAAAAUACAUCAAGAGAUCUCAGAAAAACAGCCUACUUAAAAAGGGUAUCGAUCCAAGGGCUCAAAAGAAACAAUCUUCUUGA